AUGAGAACACGAAUAGAUAUGUUUUCAUCAGCAAAGAGUGAUGCAUUAUUACCAUGGGUAGAGAAAUAUAGACCAAAAGAAAUAAAAGAUAUCGUAGGAAAUGAAGAGACUGUUUCAAGAUUAGAGAGUAUAUCAAUGGAUGGUAAUCUACCAAAUAUUAUUAUAUCUGGUCCACCUGGUACAGGUAAAACAACAAGUAUUCUAUGUUUAGCACAACAAUUGCUUGGUCCAAACUAUAAAGAAGCUGUAUAUGAAUUGAAUGCAUCUGACGAUCGUACUCUAGACGUUGUUCGUGAUAAGAUAAAGACGUUUGCACAGACAAAGGUUACUUUGCCGCCUGGACGUCACAAGAUUAUCAUUCUGGACGAAGCCGACAGUAUGACAUCCGGUGCACAACAAGCGUUGCGUCGUAUCAUGGAGAUCUACUCCUCGACGACACGUUUCGCACUGGCUUGCAACCAGUCGUCAAAGAUCAUCGAACCGAUACAAUCGCGUUGCGCAGUGUUGCGAUACACUCGUUUGACGGACGCGCAAGUUCUCAAGCGUUUGCGUGAGGUCAUCGAAGCAGAGAAGGUGCCAUACACCGACGACGGUCUCGAAGCACUGAUAUUCACGGCGGAGGGUGACAUGCGUCAGGCACUCAACAACUUGCAGUCGACGUUCACCGGUUUCGAGAUGGUCAGUGGCGACAACGUCUUUAGGCACUGUGCCGACGGUCGUUUCGAAGACGCCUUCAAGAACACCAAAGAUCUCUGGGAUAAAGGUUACAGUUCGAUGGAUAUCAUCUCAACGUUCUUCAAGGUCGCCAAGACACUCGACAUGCCAGAGUACCAAAAGUUAGAGUUUAUCAAAGAGAUUGGUUUCACAAAUCUUCGUAUCACACAAGGUGUCAAUUCAUUAUUACAACUGUCUGCUCUUCUUUCAAGAUUAUGUUUAAUUACAUAUCAAAUGAAGAAAUAG